AUGAAUAACCCAUCUAAGGUACCAAUACACCAGUGGGAGGAACCAACAGAACCAUUUGAAAGAAUCCAUAUAGACUAUGCUGGACCAGUCAAUAAUAUGUAUUAUUUAGUAAUAGUUGAUGMAUUUACAAAAUGGCCUGAAGUAUGYCCCAUGAAACAGAUAACCACUAACAAAACAAUUACUAUUUUACGUUCACUAUUUGCACGUUUUGGAAUUUGUUCUACAUUAGUGUCAGAUAAUGGAACACAAUUUAUUGCACACGAUUUUUCACUUUUUUUAAAACAAAAUGGUAUUAAGUAUAAACGCACUGCACCGUAUUAUCCAGCUACUAACGGUUUAGCUGAAAGAUAUGUACAAACCUUAAAACAAUCAUUGAAGGCAAUGCAAAGUGAACGUAACAGUAUAGACUUAGUACUAGCAAAACUUUUAUUGCAAUAUAGGAAGAUGCCACAUAGUAUUUUAAAUUCAUCUCCAUCUUUUAUAAUAUUUGGGAGAGAGAUCCGAUCUAAAUUAGAUUUAAUAAAACCAAAAGAAAUUGUUAGAACUGAUAUACAAAAACCUAAUAUAAGGGAGUUAGCUGAAGGACAAAGGGUUGGAGCUAGGAAUUAUUUGGGUAAAGACAAAUGGAGAUUUGGACGAAUAAAAAAAAAUUGGUUUACUUCACUAUGA